AUGUGGAAGUGUCAUAAGUGUGGCAAGCCCGUUUACUUUGCUGAAAGGAAACAAUCAUUAGGAUAUGAUUGGCAUCCUGAGUGUUUACGCUGUGAAGAAUGUGGAAAGCGUUUAAAUCCUGGACAACAUGCUGAGCACAAAGGAGUACCGUAUUGUCAUGUUCCAUGCUAUGGAGCUCUUUUUGGUCCUCAGUUGUUUGGUCAUGGCACUAGAGUUGAAUCUCACACCAGUUUUGGUAAAAAAGAGUCUCGAUCUUCAUUACCAAGAUCACAUUUAGAAUCAAAGCUAAAGCUCUUUAAUCAGUAUUAUGAAGGCAAAAGUGGAGGUAUUCGAAGUAGGGAAGUAAAUGGACGAUUGAUAUUGGAAGGAGCUCUGAGAAUUUAUUGGGGUGUUCGAGGUGUGAUACAUCUAAAAGAAGAUGAUGAUCAAAGAACCGUGGUCACUGCUAGACAUAAAAAUUCAUAUCGAAGAAGUCAUGUGGAAAAAGUAGAACACAAAAAAAAAGUUGAAAAUAUAGAAUCAAAAAAUUUAUCUCCUUCUGAUAAUCAUCUAGAAAAUGAAGUCAAUUCAGUUCCAGCUUCUCCAGAUCACAUAAAAAGUCUUACAUUGCCAUUAAAAUUUGACAUUAAAAAAAUGAAAUGGGAAAUGAUGAAAAAUGAAGGUGAUGAAAAUGAUUGUAAUGACAGUUCUGAUUUUAAAAAAAUGUAUCAAACUUUACCAAAAAGUCUGCCUUCACUGAAAACACAUGCAACUGUUGACGUACCAUCAGUCUCAUCAGAUACAUCAGAACCAAAUAGUCCAAAUACAGAAACAAGCAAUAGCAAAAGCAAAGAUGAUAGUAGUGUUAGCAGUACUCCCACUCAUAGCAUAAGCAGUUCAUCCAAUACAGAUACUCCAAACUAUAAUGGAACACCAACAAAAAAUGGUGGUUUACGCAGAGUAGAAUAUUUUGAUAGCUUGGAUACUAAUGUUGUUAGUUGUCAUUCUGUGACUGACGAGGAUAGCUGGAUAGAAAAAGGUUUAAAUCGUUCAUUGUCUGGACCAGAUUGUUUACAAAGACAUCGAGCCGACAGUGAUAAUGAUUCUGUAAGCUCAAUUCAUUUUCGUGAUGAUGAUAAUAUGACGAUGUCAACUGAUAGUGGAUUAGAGUUGGAUGGUGUAGUCCUACGACGCAAGCAAGGUUCUACGGCAAUUAGACGUCGACCGGGUGCUAAAAGACAAUCACGAAAUCGACUUCGAAGACGCUGUUCGAUUAAUGGACAUUUUUACAAUCGAGAAACCAGUUUUUUUACGCCCCCUCAUGGAUCUCAAAUGUCAGUCUGGGUAACAAGUCUUGUUAGUACUCAAGAAGUUAUCAAUUUAAUGCUCGAUAAAUACAAAGUUGAUGCCAAAUCUGAUAAUUUUGCACUCUUUGUAAUUCGUGAUAAUGGAGAACAACGGCGAUUACGAGAAGAUGAAUAUCCCCUUGAAGUAAGAGUAGGCUUAGGACCUCAUGAAAACAUUGCUCGCCUAUUUCUAGUUGAUAAGCUUUCGACGCCUGAAAUUAGUUCUGAUGUUGCACAAUUUUUGAAUCUUUCAUUACCAGAGUGCAAUAAUAUUCUUCAACAUUAUCGUUUUGAAGAAGAACGACAGAUUUUCUUGGCAAAAGAAAAAUAUAAAGAAAUAUACCGAAGAAUAAAGCAACGUAUGGAAGAUCUAAAAGUGCGUUUGUGAGAUUUUGGAAACUAGACAUCUCUACGGAGUAUGAAUAAGUUGAUUAUACAGUUAUUGCAUGCUUUUUUAAAAAGAGAUUUAAUCAAAUUUUAGUUAAAAUGCAGUAGUUGGAAAUAAUAAUUAUUGAUUAUGACAGUUUUAUGAUUAUUUAAAUAUUAAAUUAAAUAUUGUGAAUCACUUAACUGUGAGAUGAACUAUUUAUUUAUUAAUCGAUAAAAUUUCAGGUGUACAUAACAUCUGUAUUAAAGUAAAUGAUUUCUUCCUGUUUGAGCAUGAUAAGCAUACAAUAAUAGAUAAAAAAUUAGUUCAUUAAAAAAGUAAUGUUUAUUGAAAUUAUGAUCCUUGUUUUCUAAGAAAAAACAAUCUUUAUAUAUAAAAAUCUCAUUUUUUAAUGAUAUUGCUAUGUACUGCAAGUGGUAGCAGGUUACUGCCACAUUUACUAAUGAGUUUUCGACACAAGUUUUGAAAAUAAUUGGAAUAAAUUUUAUGCAACCUUCACUACAAUACAAAAUUAGUUGAAAAUUGAAAAUGCUGCAAAUAACAUUCAUUAUUACGUGGCUCGAGUACAAUACUAAUCAUGCAAAUAUAAAUUCAGUUCAGAAUUUUACAAAAAAGUUAUAAAUUAGAUGACUAAAAUAAUUAAUUAAAAUAAUUAGCUGCUUUACAAUUGAUUUUAAUAAAUUAUAAACUAUCAUAAGUAAUGAAGCUAUCAAUAUCGCUUAUAAAUUGACUUAUAAUCAAAAUAGAAUUUUUGUAUGAAUUGUAAUAAUCAUAAUAAUGAUAAUAAUAAUAAUAAUAAUAAUAAUAAUAAUAAUAAUAAUAAUAAUAAUGAAACAUUUUUCAAAUAAAAGUAGCAGUUUUUAUCAAGCAGUUUGAAAAUGUUAAUGAAAAACGCCAUAGUAUAACUUUUAAAGAGUGAAACUUUUAGAAAACGACGAAACCUUUUGUAUACCU